ACCCGGCGAGGCGGGACAAAAGGAGGAGAAAGAAGUUCCUAUACGAGGACGACGAUGCCAAGAGUGGAGGUCUGUGGACGUUCUAAUCGUCAUUGCAUAAAGGUGGAACCAGAGAAGAAGACCUGUUCAGAAGGUGGUAACAUUUUGAAAUACGCGUUACUAACGCCGACGGAACACAGUUGGAGCCACAACGAGUUCGUUGUCAACCCUAGGAGGCGUGUCUAAACCCACUGCAGGAUGGUGGUGAAAAAGGCGGAGGUCCGUCGACGCAUCGUGUCCAAAGACGGCCACAACAACGUGCGCAUCGACAAUGUGGAGGGCAUGGUCAAGCUGUACCUGCACGACAUCUGGACCACUGUGGUGGACAUAAAAUGGCGCUACAAGCUCACCCUCUUUGCCUCCACCUUCAUCCUGACAUGGUUCCUCUUCGGCGUAUUCUUCUACUUAAUCAGCUUGGGCAAUGGAGACUUCGAGGCCAACCUCAGUUCUAACCACACACCCUGCCUGGAGAACGUCAAAACCUUCACAGGCGCCUUCCUCUUCUCCCUAGAGUCCCAGACCACCAUCGGGUACGGCUUUCGCUACAUCACUGAGGACUGCCCUUUGGCCAUCUUUACACUGGUGGCCCAACUGGUCAUCACCGGCCUGGCUGAGAUCUUCGUCACGGGGGCCUUCUUGGCCAAGUUGGCGCGGCCCAAGAAGCGAGCAGAGACCAUCAAGUUCAGCCAGUGUGCCGUGGUUUGCCGCCGACAAGGCCAACUAUGCCUCAUGGUUCGAGUCGCCAACAUGCGGAAGAGUCUGCUCAUCCAGUGCCAGCUCACCGGCAAGCUCCUCCACACCAACGUCACCCAAGAGGGCGAGAAGACCCAAGUCCACCAGACCUCAGUGGAUUUCUUCAUGGACUCCAGCAGAGAGUGCUCAUUCCUCAUCCUGCCGCUCACUUUCUACCACAUCCUGGACGAGCACAGUCCGUUGGCCGGACUGAGCGCGGAAAAUCUGCGCAGCUGGGACAUGGAGCUGCUGGUGACGCUCAACGCCACCAUGGAGUCCACGGCGGCCACGUGCCAAAGCAGGACGUCUUACAUACCCAACGAGAUCCUGUGGGGGUACGAAUUCAAGCCGGUGAUCUUCAGCACGGCCGGCGGGAGAUACGUGGCAGACUUUAACUUCUUCAACAAGGUGCAGGUCAGCAACGACGCCGCCUUCCUCGACAACGCGGAGAAGCUAAAGUUGGAGGAUGACUACAAGAAAGACUAGCUAGUGAAUGCUACACGAUUAGUCACUUUUGGACUCGGGAUCAUGUUACAGUCUUGUUUGGGACUUUUUGGCACAUUCAAAAUGGUUGGGGAGCAUGAUAUUUUGCGAUUGAAAAAUAAAUUUUAUAAAGAUGAAAAUAUAAAAUUGGGCGUCAAGAACAGCAAGUAGCUGAAAAAAGGGGUAAACAACAAGCAAGCUGGAAAAAAGUAAAACCAAAAGCUAACCGGUAAACGACAAAGUUAACCUGUAAUGGUGGUAUGCUAAAUGCUAGGCUAAAACACAGGUUGCCUAACUUAGCAUAGCAUGUAGCAGAAUGAAAAGGGGAAACAAGCUACCUGGUAAUAUACGCAAUGUCAUUGAGAAGAAAACAAGCUAACUGGUAACAGACAAGAAGUUACCCAGCGAGGCUUGUGUUAAAUGCUAAGCUAAAACACUAGGUACCUAGCUUAGCAUAGCGUGUAGCAGAAUGAAAAAGAGAAAAUCAAAAAGUGCUUGUGGUCUGUCUUAGCAUGUAGCAGAAAGAAGACUUAUGAUAAAAGGGAUGUAGUCGCAUUUCCAUAGACAGAUACACUUUUAGUUGUCAAUUAUUUUCAAUAAAAAAAUAUGGAUUUUGUCACUAUGCUGAGUAGCUCCGAGUUGACACUGAAGGUCAAAUCCAACCUUCAGUGUCUCAGCAGGUCUACAUUGUACAUGCUAAUGUUUUGCCAAUGUUUUUGUCUCUAUAUAUUAAAAUUGAAAUGUAAUAUGUA